AUGGCUUGCGCGACCGCGGUCCGCGCGCGCGUCGCGGCGGCUCCCGCGCCGUCGAGCCGUCGCGCCGCGCGUCCCCGCGACGCACUCCGCCCUCCGCGCGCGAUAUCCGGCGCGCGUCACGACGUCCCGCACUUCGAACCGCGAUGGGCGGUCGGUCUCCGUCGGUCGGACCCGUCGUUCGCCGCGUGGCUCGCGCAGCUCACGAACGCGGUCGAGUCCGGGACGUGGAGCGCGGUGCCCAUCCUCCUCAAGUUCCCCGCCGCGGAGCCGGAGAUGGUCCUCCACAUCGCCGCCGGGCACGGCCAAGGGCAGCUCGUGGAGAAGAUCCUCGCGCGGCGCGACGACGCCUCCGGAAUGCGCGCGGUGCGCAUGGACUGCGCGGCGGCGAGAGGCGCGGCUGUGGCCGCCGCGGCCAGGGGCCACGCGGAAGUGCUCGCCUCUCUGCUCGACGCCGGGUUAGACCCCAACGCCGUGGACGAGCACGACACGAGCGCGCUUCUCGCGGCGUCGGGCGCGUCCGACGUCGUCGCGUCGCCGUCGUCGUGCGUCGAGUGCGUCUCGAUGUUGUUACGCGCGGGCGCCGAUCCCGACGCGAACGCGUCGCGGAAAGGGUGGAAGCCCAUCUUCGCCGCGUCGAAAACGGGAUCGCGGGAGAUCGUCCAGCUCCUCAUCGACCACGGCGCCGACUACGCGGUGAGGUACCACAACGGGAAGACGCCGCUGUACUGCGCCGCGGAGUGGGGGCGGACGGAGGCGGUGAAGGCGCUCAUCGAGAACGGCGCGGACCCGGCGGCGGCGGCGGAUCGGCUCUCGACGUCGUGGGAGGGAUGCGCGACUCGCGGGGAAAACUGCGGCGCGUCCGGACGGGGCGUGCUUCCCGCGGAGGUCGCGGCGAUGAACGGGCACUUGGACGUCGCCGCGGUGUUGAGCGAGGCCACGGCGAGGGCGGAGGGCGGGGGGAGGUUCGCGUCGUGCGAGCUGAAGGGCGCGGCGACGGACGCGAGGAGGAAGAACGUCCGCGGCGCCGAGAGUUGGUGA